AUGGCCAUGGGAAAUCUCUCACACUAUUCUUCCCUGAAUCGAGUUGGAGUUUCACCUAGAUUAGAUCCACAGACAAAGGCAGCACUUCUACAACAACUUCAACAAUUACAACAAGCUCUUGGACUACCGGUAACCAAACCGGAAGAAGUACAAUCCUCACCGGAUAGUAAUAAUCUUCCACCUGCGGCACCCCCUCAGCAAAGAUUUCCAAGCUUUCCUCAGCCGUAUCCACAAUUUCCUCCUCAAUUUCCUCCCCAAUUCCCACCCCAAUAUCCACCUUAUUACCCUCCGCCAUACUAUCCUCAACAAGGAUUUCCACGACGUCGACCGAAUCCGCGCCCACGGCAACCCAGACCGAAACCCGUUCCACCUAAGCCAGUAACACAAGCUCCUACUACCGAAAGCAACGAUAAAACAGAUAUGACAAAGGCAGAGAAUACUACGCCUGGAGAUAUGUCUGCAACAACUACAAUAGCUACUACUAGUGCACCUAUGGCGUCGUCUGAUGUUACAACGGAAAAACCUACAUCCAGUGAUGAUAAAACGACACCCGAAGGAGAUAAAGCAACUAGCCCAUCGCCUGAUGUCACAACAGAAAUGCCUACUUCUGCCGAUGAUCAAACAACGCCUGCUGAUGAAUCUGCAACCACACCUGCACCAUCAUCUGAUGUUACGACUGAAAAGAUUUCUAGUGAUGAAACAACGCCUGCGGAGGAACCAACUACUAUGCCUAUAACAUCUCCUGAUGUUACAACAGAAAAGGCCACUUCUAGCGAUGAAGAAACAACACCUCCCGAUGAGCCUACAACUACGGCUAUGCCAUCUUCUGAUGCUACAACAGUCAAAGAUACAUCCAGCGAUGAAGAAACAACACCUGCCGCUGAGCCCACAACUACGGUUAUGCCACCUUCUGAUGCUACAUCAGUCAAAGAUAACUCUAGCGAUAAAGAAACAACACCUUCCAUUGAGGCUACAACUACAGCUAUGUUACCUUCUGAUGCUACAUCAGUCAAAGAUACGUCCAGCGAUGACGAAACUACAACGGCAGAUAAAUCUACAACGACGCCCUUGGAAUCUUCUGAUGCUACAACAAUCAAAGAGACUUCCAGCGAUGACGUAACAACAACUGCAGAUGAAUCUGCGACAACGCCCUUGCAAUCUUCUGAUGCUACAACAGAAGAAACCACUUCUAGCAAUGCCGAAACAACUCUUGCAGAAGAAUCUGCAACCACGCCCAUGCUAACUUCUGAUGUUACAACAGAAAAGGCUACCAGUGACAAAGAAACAACACCUGAUGCAUCUACAACUGCACCCACGCAAUCCCCAGAUAGUACAACUGAAAUGCCAACUUCCGGUGAUGACGACACAACGACCGAAAAUGAACCCACAACUAUGUCUUCUGACAGAGCGUCUACAGACGAACCAACAAUUGUCUCUGAAACAGAAAUGUCUACAUCAAGCGAUAAAGACACUACACUUGCAAAUGACCCAACCAUGUCUACUGAUAAAACGACACCUGCGGAUGAACCCACAUCUUCAGAAAUUACAACAGAAAUGGCUAAUACCAGUGAUGAUAUUACGACACCUAGUACAUCUAUGCCACCUUCCGAUGCUACUACAGAAAUGUCUAGUUCCAGUGAUGACAUCACUACAACUAGUGCAUCUAUGCCAUCGUCUGAUGUUACAACAGUAAUUCCUAGUUCUAGUGAAGAUAUGACAACUAAUGCAUCUUUGCCUUCAUCCGAUGUUACAGCAGAAAUGACUAGCUCCAGUGAAGACGUUACGACACCUAGCGCAUCUACUACAACAGAUGCGUCAGCAUCCUCGAGCGAUGACGAAAUAUCUACAAAUCAAAGUGUAUCAACUGAGUCUGCAACUGAAUCAAUGUCCUCUUCCAAAAAUGAUGCACCUUCUACAGUUAGUUCUGCAACAUAUUUGCCAUCUAUAGAAAAUAGAAAUAAUUUUGACGAGCCAUCUAAUGAUACUAAAUGCGUUUGCCCACAGAUUCCUUCGCAAACUCCAAAUGAAGUAAAUAAUCAACAACCACAAAAUAUGAUGUUUCCUAAUAUACCAGGUUUUCCUAACUAUCCAAUGUUCCCAUUUUUUCCGCCACCUCCAUUCUUUGCACCAUUGCCACCAAUAUAUCCAAAACCUGACAAUAAACCUGCAGAUAUACCAUCUGGUGACUUGCAGCAAUAUUGCAAAGCUCCUCGAGGCCAGUUUGCUAUUCCUAACAUAUGUUCAGGUUUUGUGAAUUGCUGGGAUGGAGAAGCAACGUAUCAAGAUUGUCCACAAGGACUUGUCUUUAAUGAAAAUCUUAAAGUAUGUGACUAUCCCGAAAAUGUACCAAAUUGCGCUGAUCAACAAGCACCAGUCGAUAACCAGAUGCCAAAGCAACCAGAUUCAGAACUUGCAGAUAUGAAUUGCGAUCAGUCAAGUGAAGCUCGGCAAAGCUACAGAGACCCGGAAGACUGUUCCAAAUUUUAUGUCUGUGCUAAUGGAAUCAAAUUUCAAUUCAAUUGUCCUCCGUAUCUAUAUUAUAAUCAGGAGCUGGGAGUAUGCGAUUAUGAGUACAAUGUUGACUGCUCAGACAGUAAAAUGCCCAAUAACUAUCAGACUGGCGUGGAUUAUUCAAACAAUGGAGACCCAUCGUUAGAUGCUAACUAUCCCGAAUACGAUUUUAACGACAACGCUUUAGACGCAACAGCUACUUGCAAUGUCGGAGAAGUUCGUUCCAUGGAUCCCGAUUGCUCAGUUGUUGCAAUUUGUGACGAAAGUUCUCUUACUGCAACACUUUAUGCAUGCCCAGCAGGUUUAGGAUACGACGUUGAAGCUGGUGGAUGUUUACCUUUAGAUUUUGUCACAUGUUGGUGAUGAGCUGCAACACUAUCAUUAAUAAUAUUAUUUCAAGUUCUAAAGUUCUUCUUACCAGAUGCUUUCAAAAGGCCAUAGAUGUGGUAUGCUAAUUAGAGCCAUAAAAAAUCCCAUGUUCUAAUUUUGUACUUAGUAGUAUUAAUAAUAACAUUUUUC